UCUCAAUCUUCUCUCACUCCGCCAGGCAAGAUGGGACCCAGACGCCGUCCUGCGAGGUCGUCAGCCUCAAAGAGAACCUCCUCCUCAAAAAUCGCCACUCCAGAACCAUCCCUGCCCACAACCAGACAACCCAUGAGACGCAGCGUUCGAACCCCAAAAGUUGCUGAGAUCCCCGACUCUGACGGAGUUGAAGAAAUCUUGUCCUCAGAUCCCAUCUCGAAAGGCACCUUUAGAGGAGUGUUCCUUCCCAGAAAUGGCUCUGACUCGACUAAGAACCCUGCUACACGCCUUGCCUCUACCGCGCCCUCCUCGAUUGCCGACUCCAUGGACUCAUCUAAUUACGAGACCCCUGCUACGAGUACUGUUCCUACCCCAAAUGCCACGGACUACCCUAUAACCAAGACCAAAGUUACAGCUACUGCUCGCGCCCUAGAACUGCAGUCAUCCGAGUUUGCUUUGAAGCCACGUUCUUCACGAAAGCGAACUGCUGAUGCCACCAUGGAAGACCCGGAGGAGGAUGCGGAUGAGAAGCUUGCCCGCCUGUUGCAAGCACAAGAGUAUGAUAUGGGCAAUGACAGCGACGACUCUGACACUCAGCCAUUGUUCAAACGCCGUCGUACGGCGACUGAAGUGCUGGACACCGACGAUAGUGACGACGAUGUACCUCUCGCAAUUCGACCACGCACGAAAUUGGCUAUGCCUGCCCUCAAAGAUUCUGGCGUUCGUGCAGGUGCAUCUCUAGACGAAUCGGAACUUUCGUCUGUUGUGUCGUUCGGUGACACCGACUUGUCUGAGUUCGACACUUUCUCUGUCGGGGCUGCACCGUCAGAAGCUAGUGAGGAUCUGGACGAUGACGAUGAUGCAGGCCCCUCGGGGCUCGCAUCCUCGAGAAGAAGACGUAUUCCAUCUCCUUUUCUAUGGGACCCUCAAAAACGACGAGCUAAGCGCGAGCGUCAGAGACUUGAGAAAGCCCAUCCAGAAAUCAAGACCAUGUGGGAUGAGUUGCAGACCAUUGAACCAAUCAAACCCGUCCCCGCGCAGCAACCAGAAUCUAUCAAUCGCAAGCUGAAACGCUUCCAGCUCGAGGGGCUAGACUGGAUGGUCAAGCAAGAAAAGUCCAUGUGGAAAGGUGGCCUGCUUGGAGACGAAAUGGGCAUGGGCAAAACAAUCCAAGCCGUCAGCUUGAUCAUGUCGGAUUGGCCAGCCAAAGCCCCUUCACUUGUUGUGGUUCCGCCCGUUGCACUGAUGCAAUGGCAGGCUGAGAUAAACGACUACACAAGUGGAAAGCUCAAAGUCCUCGUCUACCACAUUUCCGCGAACCCCAAAUGCAAACUACUUACGGUCAAAGACCUGAAGAAGUACGAUGUCAUCAUGGUCUCUUAUUCUGGGCUUGAGUCAAUGUAUCGCAAGCAACACAAAGGCUGGAGCCGCAACGACGGCAUCGUCAAAGAGGACAGCAUCCUGCAUGCCAUCAAGUUCCAUCGACUCAUUCUUGAUGAAGCGCACAGCAUCAAGUCGAGAACCACUGGUGUCGCCAAAGCAUGUUUUGCCCUGAAAUCCGAUUACAAGUGGUGUCUCUCCGGCACUCCAGUUCAGAAUCGUAUCGGAGAGUUCUUCUCUCUGCUGCGCUUCCUCGAGGUCAUGCCUUUCGCUUGUUAUUUCUGCAAGUCAUGCAAGUGUCGACAACUUCAUUGGAGCCAGGAUAAACAGAAAAUGUGUACCGGGUGCAAACACAGCGGCUUUAACCACGUCUCUGUGUUCAACCAGGAAAUCCUCAAUCCAAUCACCCAAGGCGAAGACACCGACCUGAGAAAGAAGGGCCUCGAAAAGCUACGCUUCAUUACCGAUCGGAUCAUGUUGCGUCGGAUGAAGCGUGACCACACCUCGUCAAUGGAGCUGCCGCCGAAGGAUGUCAUUGUGCACAAUGAAUUCUUUGGUGAGAUUGAGCGGGAUUUUUCACAGAGUAUCAUGUCAAAUUCCACUCGCAAGUUUGACACAUACGUCAAUCAAGGUGUCAUGUUGAACAAUUAUGCCAACAUCUUCGGUCUUAUCAUGCAGAUGAGACAAGUAGCGAACCAUCCAGAUCUGAUCCUUCGCCGAAAUGGUGAAGGUGGACAGAAUAUCUUGGUGUGCUGCAUAUGUGAUGAACCUGCGGAAGAAGCAAUCCGUUCAAAGUGUCACCAUGAGUUCUGUCGUCAAUGCGCCAAAUCAUACGUUCAGUCUUUUGCGGGUGGCGGCGGCGACGCUGAUUGUCCUCGAUGUCACAUCCCUCUACAGAUCGACUGGGAGCAACCCGAAAUCGAACAAGACGAGGAGAAUGUCAAGAAGUCAUCCAUCAUCAAUCGUAUCAAGAUGGAGGACUGGACUUCUUCCACCAAGAUCGAAAUGCUCGUCUAUGAUCUAUACAAACUCCGAAGCAAGAAACAGACUCAUAAGAGUAUCGUCUUCUCGCAGUUCACCUCAAUGUUGCAGCUUGUUCAAUGGCGCCUUCAGAAAUCCGGCUUCAGCACUGUCUUGCUUGACGGAAGUAUGAGUCCGGCUCAGAGGCAGAAGUCCAUUGAUCACUUCAUGAACAACGUGGAUGUUGAGGUCUUUCUGGUCUCGCUCAAGGCCGGUGGUGUUGCUCUCAACUUGACUGAGGCUAGUCGAGUCUACAUUGUGGAUCCAUGGUGGAAUCCAGCUGCAGAAUGGCAGUCCGCCGAUCGCUGUCACCGAAUCGGCCAGCGUCGUCCAUGUGUCAUCACUCGUCUCGUUAUUGAAGACUCGGUCGAAUCGAGAAUGGUCUUGCUCCAGGAGAAGAAGGCCAACAUGAUCAAUGGCACAGUGAACAAUGAUCAAGUUGCCCUCGACAAGCUGACGCCAGAGGAUAUGCAAUUCUUGUUCCGUGGAAGUUGAGCCGCCACGACCAAGAAGACGUCAACAGAUGAAGCCUGACGUUCACUUGCAGACUGCAUCGUCAGAUAAUAAGAAGGGAUAUGUUUAUGCUUGAUGAUUCAAACGACAUUAGUAUUUCUAUGAAAACCAGGACGCUUCAGACGGACAGAGAGCAGCUUUCGGUUCAGCAGCGUUCGAAGUCGUGCUGGCCUAGUGGCACAAAAGGGACGGCGCAUUGUGCUAUGAUAGAGCUUAGACAGAACAGCAUGCUUAGAUACCUAGAUACAAGACGAGGGAAGAUAGCUGGUGAGCAGCAGAAUAUCGCAGUAUCUUGUCCUCGGCCUUGGAAACCCAUGCCUGUCUUUCU